UUAGCCUUCCCACGACUUUGUCAUCUCAAUUUCUCAAACACACAAAAACAAGAGGCCAUGGUGGACCUCAACAGUAGUACUGCCUCCUAUCCCUUGCUCUCCUUAUCCCUUUGUUUCUUCAUCAUCAUCAUCAUCUUCAGAUUCCUUUCCAAUUCUGAAUCAUCUCCGUCCAAAACCCCAUGCCCACAAUCAUACCCCAUCAUCGGAAACCUACCAGGUUUCCUCCGCAACCGCCAUCGCUUCCACGACUGGGUCGCCGACAUGCUCUCCCAAACCCCAUCAUCCACUCUCCGAGUCCGCACCUUCCUCGACCUCUCCCAUGGCGUCUGCACUGCCAACCCCACCAAUGUCGAGCACUUCCUCCACUCCAACUUCCAAAACUACAUCAAAGGCUCUCGCUUCCACGACGUCCUCUCCGAGCUCCUCGGCAACGGCAUCUUCAACGUCGACGCCCAUCUCUGGACUCUCCAGCGCAAGAUCGCAAGCCACGAAUUCAACACCAAGUCUCUCAAACACUUCAUCUCCGAAACCGUCACGUCCGAGAUCUCGAACCGCCUCGUCCCUUACCUGUCCGCCGCGUGCGAUGAGAACAAAGUCGUCGAUCUUCAAGACGUGUUGCAAAGAUUUGGCUUCGAUAACAUAUGCCACGUUGCAUUUGGCGUGAACCCCGCGUGCUUGGUCUCCGACAACAUGUGCCAAAACACGCCGAGCUCCAACUUUGCAAAAGCUUUUGAUGAUGCUGUGGAGAUUAGCUCAUCAAGGUUUUUGUCACCACUGCCUCUACUCUGGAAGUUGAAAAGAUUUCUCAAUAUGGGCUCGGAAAAAAGAUACAAGGAAGCCGUAGAAGUGAUCAGCCACUACGCCAUAGAUAUCAUCCGCUCCAAAGAACAAGAACAAGAACAAGAAGAAUCAGAAGAUCAUGAUCAGGGUUGUGAAAAACCACGUAAAAAUCAAGACUUGUUGUCAAGAUUCAUGUUCUCGAGCUUGAACAUAGAGUUCCAAGAUCAAGAACAAAAGAGAAAGUUCUUGAGAGACAUAGUCAUUAGCUUCAUACUUGCUGGGAGAGACUCAACGUCCACGGCCAUGACAUGGUUCUUCUGGUUGAUAUCUGGGCACCCUCGGUGCGCGCGUUUGAUACACGAGGAGUUGUUGGCGACGGCGCCAGCAAAACAGCCGCGAAUUUUCAGCUACGAUGAGCUGAAGAAGCUCCAUUACCUACAUGCAGCUCUAUCGGAGUCCAUGCGGUUGUUCCCACCCGUACCGAUCAAUUCCAGAUUAACGGUAGCUGAUGACGUUUUUCCUGAUGGGACUCGCGUGGGGAAGGGGUGGUUUGCCGAUUACUCGGCUUAUGCGAUGGGGAGGAUGGAGAGGGUGUGGGGAGAGGAUUGUAGGGAGUUUAGGCCCGAGAGGUGGUUGGAUGAUGAUGGGGCUUUUCAGCCGUCGGAUCAGAACCGGUACCCGGUGUUCCAUUGUGGGCCCAGGAUUUGUUUGGGGAAGGAGAUGGCUUAUUUGCAGAUGAAGUCGGUGGCGGCGGCGGUGAUGUAUGAGUUUGAUGUUGUAGCCGUUGAUGGCGGUGCAACUGCAGAGAAGAUGAUGAACCCGCCUUACACACUAUCGCUACUACUUAAGAUGAGGGGUGGAUUGCCUGUUAGACUGAGGAGACAACUACACACGCGGUAGGUAGGAUGCCACGUGGCAGAUGAUGAUACCUUAAAAGUAUUGUGUGAAUCAGUGUGAGACCUUAUUUUGUCGAGGGUAAUGUUACAUCAACUUUAUGACAAUCUCCAUAGGGUGUGAGAUUUAUGUAUGUGAAUUUUAUAAA